AUGGCUUCUAUGUCACCAUGUACAAUAGAAAAAGAUGUUCUUGAUGCAAUGAAAAAAUUUCGACGAUUAUCGAAUAAAUCAACAAUGGCUAUGUUAUUACGAUGUGAUAUGAAAACAAAUCAAGUCGUAAUUGACAAAGAAUUAAAAGUAAGUGCGAAAAUUAAACAAGAGUCUUUUACAUUAUUUGAAGAAUAUCGUUAG